CGAGCAUCUGAUUUGACGGCAGCGUAUGCUCGUGUCUGUUAUGCAUGUGUCCAUCCCUCCCACCCUCUGCCCUCCCUCCCCCUCUCUAAUGCAUCCACACACGCAAUCAUCCUCUUCCGCACGUCCAUCCAUGCUGUGCUGUGCUGUGCUGUGCUAUGCACCCCCGUGUGUAUUCCCGUAUGUAUGCAUUGUGUAGGUAUGUCUCCACGGUCUCACGACACAGUCGCUCACGGCCGCACCAGAUGGACUCAGAUAGAGACAGACAGACAGACAUGCACACCUACAGUGAGGGCUCCCCGCACCUCCCUGUGCUGCGCACACACCCAGAGAGACCAUCCAGCCAUCCAGCCAUCCGUGAGGGCAUCAAAGGUCGUGCAUACACACAUGUAUAAUAAAGGAGCCGUGCAGCCGUGAAGCCAGCCACAGACAGAUAGAGGCACACUACAAUGAACGCAGCGUGUCGUAUAUAUGCUGAUCUGACGAGAUGAGCCCCACCACAAAAUUAUCUCUAUCAAAGAAGGCAGGAACGGCCUGGCCUGCACUGCACCAUGAACCAAUGCACACGUACACACGUACGUACAUGCCAGACAGCCAGACAGCCAGAUAGACGUAGACGUCCACACACGUACGCACACGCACUCGCACACACAUGCUUCCAUCUCUUAAGACCUUCAUCAAAGAACACUACACACACCAGACAAACACCACCCAUUCCCCCCCCUAUCUCUCCAGCCAGCCGCCCCCAUGGUAGUCAUGAUGCCACUCCCCAUGCUGUGUGUGCCUUACACCCUCCUGCUGCUGCUGCUUCUGUUGCUGCAGUAGGUCAGCGAACUGUGGGACGACGAGCGGCAGCGGGGCGGAAAUGGCUGAUGGCGGAUAUGGCGGAGGCGGAGGUGGCACCGCCCGCAGCGGGCCGGGCCAGCUUGCGUGUCGAUCGGUGAGGGCCUGCUGCUCGUGUGGGGGACGGAUGACUGCUAUGGCGCGGCCGUCCUGUGUGGGCAGCGAAGAGGGGCGGAACGGAGGGAACCGACGAUAGAAGGAUGAAUAACCUGAUGGCAACACAGGCAGACAGACAGGAGUGAGUGGGUGGGGCAUGGCAUGCAUAUACAUGCGGUUGGGUGGCUGGUUCACUGUACUUACCGGUGUGCAUACGGGGUCGGCCCAUAUGUGUAUGUGGUCUGUAGAUGCGUUUUUUGGGCCGCGGCAGACACAGGUGGCAGUGGUCGCAGUUGCGGCCCUUCCAGCACCCGCCCUUGGUGGAGAACCAAUAACACCUGACACCCAUACACACACACACACGCACGCAGACAGACAGACAGACAGACAGAAGAUACGCAUGAGAAGGCAGAAGUCCGUGUUAUUCUAUCUAUUGUCGCACACACCGUUUGUUGGGGCACUGCCUAUCUCCGUCGACAUGGUGCAUCGACCCGAUGUUGAGCACCGUCCCCCCCAACCGCAGCACACUCAUGGGGGGGCAGCUCUCGGACCGCUUCCCACUACCCUCUCUCCCCACCCUAACUCCCUUCUGCUCAUCCUCAUGGACGUACCGGUGCAGACACGCCUGCAGGGUAUCCUCAGACGACGCAGGCACCUCACCCUCACCCUCUCCCUCCCCUUGCACGCAAGCGUCCCACCGAAGAUCGGCACGUGAGGUGUCUGAAGUGGAGAAAUGGAUGAAUCCGCGCCGCACGGGUAUGCGUGCCGGGUAGAUGUUCUGUGACGCCACCGAGGGCGACUGGGGGCUGUCGCCAGCGGUGUGGGGCGAGAGGGGGGAGGCCGAGGGGGACGGCGGGGACGGGGGAAGCUCCUCCAUCCAGUCGCCCUGACUUGGAGAAGAGGGCAGGACCACCGACGGCACGCUCCCGUCGCCAGCCGAGAGGCCCACUGCAGCAGAGGCCAUCUGUGCCGUCAGCCCCUGGUGCUGUUGCUGUGCCGACUGGGGCCUGUGGAACUGCCCGUGGCUCCACACCGACACGCCAUCGCCCCCCGAGGAAAGCGUCGGAGCACACACCACCACAGGCGACCAGCCGCCCCGCUGCGCCGUCCCUACUCCCAACACCUUGGCGCGCACCGGCGAAUGCGGGGAAUCUACGCUGAUCGACGCCAGCAGGGGGGCCUCGUGGAUGAGGGUAGAUGUGGUGCUCUUGCUGUGGCAUGACGCGGGGCUGUCGCCGCCCUCAGUGGAGGGCAUCAUGCCCACGAGUGCGUGUGGUGCCGUCAUGGGGGGCCGCUGGACAUCGGUGAUGACUGCCGGGAGGGUGUAGAGAGGUAGUGCAUCUGGGCUGGUGAGGCUCAUGGGCGCAUUCGAUGGCGAUGAGUCGUCCCUGCUCGAGGGCGAUCGACCGGACACGUCUUGAGUCAUCGGAUCUGCACAAGGCAAACACACAAACAACAGGGGAGAGGAAUAGUCCAAGAUGCUCUCCCCAGAUGAAUUGCAAAAGGGUUGCCUACCUGCAGCUGCCGUAGAUGUGAGCUCUUGUCUAUCACGAACGCGAAGGUUCAAGACCAUUCAUCAGCUAUGCUUCUCAGGUGACGCCGCCCGGGUCGUGUUGGCGAUGCCGUGCAGAGCUUUGCUGACAGCAUAUUGGCGGCGUUGAGAGGUGAGUGACCAUUCUCAACAACUCG